AUGUAUUUCCUUGUCUACGUUGAUGACAUCAUCUUAACAGGGAACUCCUCAACCGCCAUCAACACGCUAAUUACCAAUCUCAAUUCCAGAUUUCCAAUGAAUGAUCUCGGCACAAUAUCUCAAUUCCUUGGCAUUCAAGUCAUCCACACAACCUAUGGUCUUCACCUCAAUCAAAGUCACUUCGCUCAAACUAUUCUUUCCCGCGCAGGUAUGACAAAUUGUAAACCCGUCUCAACACCUUCUCAUCUCAAAUCUACACCCAGUAAUUCCAAUUCAAAUGCAUUCGCUAACCCAACUCUUUAUCGUCAACUCGCAGGCUCACUCCAAUACUUAACAAUCACGAGGCCGGAUCUAUCGUUCGCCGUCAACCGCGUCUGCCAGCAUAUGAAAAAUCCCACAAUUGCUCACUUCGAAGCCCUCAAACACCUCCUACGGUUCUUACAAGGAACCAUACACACGGGCUUUCCCUUGUUCCGAGACACACCAACACUCCGCAGCUAUGUAGACUCUGACUGGGCCGGGGAUGAAACCGAACACAAAUCUACCAUAGGCUACUGCAACUUCCUCGGGUCAUCUCUCAUCUCAUGGGCUGUAAAGAAGCAAAACGCCGUAGCCAGAUCCUCCACUGAAGCCGAGUAUCAGGCCUUAGCAACGGCCGCGAUCGAAACAAUCUGGAUCCGCUGGCUACUGCAAGAACUGAACAUCCCUCAGCUCACCGUCACAAAACUUUUUUGUGAAACCACAUCCGCGAUCGCACUCGCCAACAACCCCGUACUCCAUGCUCGUACCAAACACAUUGAAGUCUAUUGCCAUUACAUCCGCAGCUGCAUCAGGGACAACCACCUUCAAGUUCACCACAUCUCCACUAAGGAUCAACUUGCGGAUCUCUUCACCAAAGCCCUUCCAGCUCCAAGAUUUCAUCUGCUAUCGGACAAGCUUGUGUCUUCUUCCGAAGCCACAGCUUGA